AUGAAGUUCAGUGCUGAUGUUAGCUCUUCGCGUAGCAAGAGCAGAAAGGCUCACUUCACCGCCCCCUCCAGCAUUCGUCGCAAGAUCAUGAGCUCUCCUCUUUCCAAGGAACUUCGUGAAAAGUACAACACUCGCUCUAUUCCUGUCCGCACUGACGACGAGGUCAUGGUUGUCCGUGGCAGUCUUAAGGGCCGUGAGGGCAAGGUUGUCCAAGUCUACCGCAAGAAGUGGGUUAUCCACAUUGAGCGUGUCAACCGUGAAAAGGUCAACGGUGCCACUGCCCCCAUUGGUAUCCACCCCUCCAACGUCGUUGUUACCAAGCUCAAGAUCGACAAGAGCCGUCAAGCCAUCUUGGAUCGCAAGGACAGCUCCAAGAAGAUGCAACAGGUAAAAUCAUCAUCAUCCUUAGUAGCGUACAAUGAACAUGGGUAUUAA